UCCCAAACCGCCCAAAAAAUUCGAAACCCUUCUUUUCGUUUUCCCCCUCUAAACCCCAAGAACCCUCCUACCAUAGAGCUCACGGAAGCCGCCAUGGAGACGGAGUCGAGAGAUCCAGGCAUGGAUCCAAGAAUUGGGUCGCCGGCGCCGUCGUCGAGGAAGCCGCGGCUCUUCAUCAAGAAAAUGGUGCUGCGGAACUUCAAAUCCUACGCCGGCGAGCAGCGGAUUGGCCCCUUCCACAAGAGCUUUUCGGCGGUUGUAGGGCCUAACGGGAGCGGAAAAAGCAAUGUCAUCGAUGCAAUGCUCUUUGUGUUUGGGAAGCGGGCAAAGCAGAUGCGCCUGAACAAAGUAUCCGAGCUGAUACAUCAUUCCAGCAACCACCAAAACCUGGAAAGCGCUGGGGUUUCUGUUCACUUUCAAGAAAUUAUUGAUCUGGAUGAUGAAACCUACAAGGCUGUUGAGGGCAGCGACUUUAUCAUUACUAGAGUUGCAUUCCGGGACAAUUCUUCUAAGUACUACAUAAAUGAUCGUGGAAGUAAUUUCACUGAGGUCACCAAGAAGCUGAAAGCAAAAGGAGUGGAUUUGGACAACAAUCGGUUUUUGAUCCUCCAGGGUGAAGUUGAGCAGAUCUCACUAAUGAAACCAAAGGCUCAAGGGCCCCAUGAUGAAGGCUUCUUAGAAUAUCUUGAGGAUAUCAUUGGAACAAAUCAAUAUAUAGACAAGAUUGAAGAAGCCUAUAAACAGCUUGAGGUCCUCAAUGAAAAACGUACUGCAGCAGUGCAGUUGGUGAAGUUAGCUGAGAAAGAAAGGGACAGCUUGGAGAGUGUCAAGAAUGAAGCAGAAGCCUAUAUGCUGAAGGAACUAACCCUUCUGAAAUGGCAAGAGAAGGCGACUAAAUUGGCCUAUGAUGAUGCUACCUCCCGUAUUGCUCCAUUGCGAGAGAAUGUAUCCAGCUUGCAAGAAAAUCUCACAAAUGAAAGGGAGAAGAUUCAACAAAAUUCUACAGCCUUGAAGGAACUAGAGGUUGUGUACAACAGAUAUAUGAAAAGACAAGAGGAGCUUGAUACUGACAUGAGGACUUGCAAAGAACAAUUCAAGGAGUUUGAGAGACAAGAUGUGAAAUAUCGAGAAGAUUUAAAGCACCUAAAGCAAAAAAUCAAAAAAACAGAGAACAAACUUGAAAAGGACACAUCUAAAAUUGAUGAGCUUCUAAAGGAGAAUGAGGAAUCUUCAAAUCUUAUUCCAAAACUUGAGCAAGAGAUUCCAAAGCUGCAACGCCUCCUGCUGGAUGAAGAAAAAAUCUUGGAAGAAAUAAAAGAAAGAUCUAAAGAUGAAACUGAGAGGCAUCGCUCUGAGCUCAUGGAGGUUCGCGCGGAGUUGGAACCUUGGGAGAACCAACUGAUUGGGCACAAAGGAAAACUUGAUGUUGCUUGUGCUGAAAGUAAGCUUUUGAAACAAAAGCAUGAUGCUGCUCAGGCAGCAUUUGAGGAUGCUCAGCGACAAAUGGACGAUAUAGUGGGCAAAAUCAAACAAAAGAAGACACAUAAUGCUGAGGUCCAAACUAUGAUAGAGAAAAACAGGCUUGAAGCAUCGGAGGCUCGUAAACUGGAACAGGAAUGCAUAAAGAAGCAAGAAUUACUUAUUCCUCUUGAACAAGCAGCCAGGCAGAAAGUUACAGAAUUUAUGUCUAUUCUGGAAUCAGAAAGGAGUCAGGGGUCUGUUCUAAAAGCAAUAUUGCAUGCUAAAGAGUCAAAGGAAAUAGAAGGAAUUUAUGGUCGAUUAGGGCAUCUUGGUGCAAUUGAUGGAAAAUAUAAUGUUGCCAUAUCAACAGCAUGUCCUGGACUUGAUUUCAUUGUGGUCGAGACAACACUUGCAGCACAAGCAUGUGUGGAGUUGCUUCGAAGGAAAAAUCUGGGCAUCGCAACUUUCAUGAUCCUGGAAAAACAGGUAGAUCAUCUACGCAAGUUGAAGGAGAAAGUCAAAACCCCCGAGGGAGUUCCUCGCCUUUUUGAUCUGGUUACAGUAAAGGAUGAGAGGCUGAAGCUAGCCUUUUUUGCUGCAUUGGGAAACACUGUUGUAGCAAAAGACCUUGAUCAAGCUACUAGAAUUGCGUAUGGUGGAGAGAGAGAAUUUCGACGUGUGGUGACACUGGAAGGUGCACUUUUUGAGAAGUCUGGUACAAUGAGUGGUGGUGGGGGCAAGCCCCGAGGUGGUAAGAUGGGUACAUCAAUCAGGGAAAGUGUUUCAGGAGAAGCUGUUGCAAAUGCUGACAAGGAGCUCGCACAACUUGUUGACCAACUCAAUGACUUGCGUCAAAGAAUUGGUGAAGCUACAAGGCGUUAUCAGGCCUCUGAGAAAGCUGAAGCCCAUUUAGAAAUGGAAUUAGCUAAGAGUCAGAAGGAGAUAGACAGUCUGAAUGUUCAACACAGCUACAUCGAAAAACAGCUUGAUUCACUGAAGUCUGCAACAGAACCGAAAAAAGAUGAGGUGAACAGAUUGAAGGAGCUGGAUAGAAUUAUAUCUGCUGAGCAAGCAGAACUAGAGAGACUUGUUAAAUGCUCUAGUAAUCUUAAAGAGAGAGCCACUGAACUUCAGAAGAAAAUUGAAAAUGCUGGCGGUGAAAUGCUGAAAAAUCAAAAGUUAAAAGUCAUGAAGAUCCAGUCUGAUAUCGAUAAAACCAGUACUGAAAUCAACCGCCACAGAGUUAAGAUCGCUACUGGAGAGAAGAUGGUAAAAAAAUUGACUAAAGGAAUUGAAGAGUCAAAGAAGGAAAAAGAAAAAUUUAUUGAGGAGAAGGAGAAAAUGAUGACUGUUUUUAAAGAGAUAGAGCAGAAGGCAUUUUUGGUUCAAGAAAACUAUAAAAAAACUCAAGAGCUCCUUGACCAGCAUAAGGAUGUACUGGAUGAAACAAAGGCAGAAUACAACAAACUAAAGAAAUCUAUGGAUGAGCUACGAGCUGCUGAGGUUGAUGUUGAUUACAAAUUGCAAGAUAUGAAGAAGCUUAUGAAGGACUGGGAAAUGAAGGUGAAGGGCUUUAAUAAAAAGCUUGAUGAUAUUCAGAGGGAUCUUGUGAAACACAUGGACCAAAUUCAAAAAGAUGCAAUUGACCCAGAAAAGCUUCAAGCAACUAUAAGUGAUGAGUCACUAAACGAUGCCUGUGAUAUGAAAAGAGCAAUGGAAAUAGUGGCAUUACUAGAAGCUCAGCUGAAAGACAUGAAUCCGAACCUGGAUUCAGUUUCAGAAUACCGGAAGAAGGCUCUCUUGUAUAAUGAACGUGUUGAAGAGCUGAAUGCCGCAACACAGGAGCGUGAUGAUCUGAAAAGGCAAUAUGAUGGAUUGAGAAAGAAACGGUUAGACGAAUUCAUGUUGGGAUUCAAUAUAAUAUCCCUAAAGUUGAAGGAAAUGUAUCAGAUGAUCACUCUUGGAGGUGAUGCGGAACUGGAACUUGUUGAUUCCUUGGAUCCUUUCUCAGAAGGUGUUGUUUUCAGUGUUAGGCCCCCCAAGAAAAGCUGGAAGAAUAUUGCUAAUUUAUCUGGUGGUGAGAAGACGCUUAGUUCGUUAGCUCUUGUAUUUGCUCUCCAUCAUUACAAGCCCACUCCACUGUAUGUUAUGGAUGAGAUAGAUGCUGCACUGGAUUUCAAAAAUGUUUCGAUCGUUGGUCAUUAUGUCAAGGAGCGAACAAGAGAUGCCCAAUUUAUUAUCAUUAGUCUAAGAAAUAACAUGUUUGAACUAGCUGACCGACUCGUAGGCAUUUAUAAGACUGACAAUUGCACUAAGAGUAUAACCAUCAACCCUGGGAGCUUUGUGGAUUGUGGAAAGGCUGCUUAAGUUCGCCUCAGACAGGAGACGACGCUUGCCUAAUGCAUAACAAUCGUACAGCGAUGUUUUGAUCCUUUUGUGAAAUCAAGUUGUAAAAUAUGGGGCUUUAUCAUGCAAGCCACGCAUUUACUAAGUCUAUUCUAUUGUGGGCAGAAAAGGGUAUCCUCCAAAAUAUUUAGAUCACAAGAUUGAUAUGGACAUUAGGGUGGACGCGGAGAACUACAUGUUUUCUUUUAAUCCCCAAUGCUUUCUGCUGGCGUACAGGUAAAUGAGAAUCGUCUAGUAUUUCUCGCUCCGGAUUCCUGUAGUGG